AUGCAGCUUUCCUCCAUUUCCCACCUCCUCCUCCUCCUUCCAAUUGUUCUCUGCGUUCAACCCUUUCUACCCUGCCUAACAGGUCUCACUUCCCCACAAGACGUUUCGGCUCUGAAAGCUCUGAAAUCGGCCAUCUUCCCUGCCUCCAUCCCGCCUUGGUCCUGCCUCGCCUCCUGGGACUUCGUCGCGGCUGACCCAUGUUCCCUCCCUCGCCGCACCCACUUCGUCUGCGGCAUCGCCUGCUCCCCUGACUCCACCCGGGUCACCCAACUCACCCUCGACCCGGUCGGCUACUCGGGCCAGCUCACUAAAGUUGAACCAAUAACCAAGGAAAAAAUACUUUUUGUAUUAAAACAGUAA